AUGCCUGGUGUUCCUCCCGACGCUCUUGAGCAGGUGAAGAAGGGCUUCAAGCGCUUCUUCAGCAGUCGCAAGAAGGCAACUAAGAAGCAACCCGCCCAGAACGCUGAACCUGCCCCUGCGGCGACCACAGCUGCCCCCGUCGCUGCUGCCCCCGUUGCCGCUGUGGCAAGUGAGACAGCUCCCGCGAAGCCCACCGCCCCCGCUGCCACCCCGGACUCUGCCCCCGAUGCUACUAAGGCACCUGAGGCACAGGACGCGACCCCUGCGGCCCCUGUCGCCCCUGGGAUGACCGCUACUGCCGGCCCCGUCGAGACUCAUUACGAGGCUGCCCCUGCUGCUGCUGAGCCUGCACCUGUUGCUAAGCCCGAGGAGCCUGCCACCAAGACAGAGGCUCCUGCUGCUGCGCCGGCGCCUGUCGCGCCUGCACCCGCUGUGCAGUCUGAGGCCCCUGCUACUAAGACUGAGGAGCCCGUUACCAAGACCGAGGCCCCUGCCGCUCAGCCCGAGGAGGCUGCUGUCAAGCCCGAGGAGCCUGUCGCUAAGACCGAGGCCCCUGCUACCGCGGAAUCCGCUGCUGCCCCUGUGGAACCUCCCAAGACCGCGAUGCUAGAUGCCCCCGCUAAAUAG